AUGUCCAAUCUUAAAAGAAAGAGGGGAACAGAGACGCACAAAACCAGCCCAAAGAGGCGUCGACCCGGUCUCGAAAAUGUGUCAGACGCUGCGUCCAUUCCGCGCAAACAGAGCUUGGAGGACGGUGUCGCCAAUGAGGAGGACGAAUAUGCGGAAAGCGAGGGCUCCGUUCAGGACGGAAUAAUGGAGGAGUGGUCGGGCAUUAGUGAGCAAGGCAAGAACAUGGAGGCAGCCGGUCAUUCUGGCACGCAUACCCAUAAACCUCCGAGAGGAGAAGAGCUGAGGGAUAUCAAAGAUGCCGCCGACCUGUACAGGUCAACGUCGUUCAAGCUUCAGAUCGACGUCCUUCUACCCAACAUACGGCCCAAAUAUGCACGCUCUGCCCCGCUCGAACGCUUUCUGUUCACCUUAUAUACCUUCCUGAAAGAUCUUUCUCCCGUUGCUCCGCAACACCCGCUUUCAGCUUCUCGCGACUUGCUCAAAAAAGGGAUUGCCGUGCCUUAUCCACUGCCUCUUCCCACGGAAGACACGAAUUGGAAAGUAUCAUUUGAAAAACCAAGCGACAUUUUAUUAGUCGGUAGCUGGGCAGUCAAGAUGAGCGUGAAAGCGAAAGACCAGCGUCGGUAUGUUGCUGAUGUCGCUGUGACCAUGCCGGAAACUUUGUUCCAAGAAAAAGACUAUAUGAAUAGUCGGUUCUUCCACAAGCGUGCCUACUACCUUGCGGUCAUUGCCGGUGCCGUAUCCAACAAGAAAAGUGGCAUGGACGUCGAUGUCUUCUACGAGUCUGCAUCCGGCGAUCCUCGUCUGACCACUUUAGUGCUCCGUCCAAAACACGGUAUGCUUGCUCACACUCGUAUACGCUCUGCCUCACACGAUGCAGAUCAGUCCGCUGUUGACUUCACAUCCUUGAACGUGGAAGUCCGCAUCAUGCCCGUGCUUCCAUCUUCCUCCCCGAUCCCGCUACAGCGUCUAUCGCCCUCACGUUCCAACAUCCGUAUUUCCUCCAAUGAUGCGCCUUCUCCGCUCUGCAAUUCCGCGCUUCUUCUCUGCACAACAUACAAAUCGCAUAUGAUCACUAUGCACGCGCUUGCGGAGUCUGUUCCCGCAUUCGCCGAUGCGCUUGCGUUGCUCCGUGUUUGGGCCAAUCAGCGCGGAUACGGCGUAGGUGAUCGGUUAUGCAUGCGGCAUUUCGACACUCGUGGACCAUGGUGGGCCGCAGUGCUCGAGCUGCUCGUGAAUGGUGAAGAAUCUCUUCCUGGGACAACCUUCCAUAAGACAGCGAAGAGAAAACCUCUAGGAAAAGGACUAAGUUCAUACCAGUUAUUCAAAGCGGCGCUGGAUCUUCUGGCGCGGCACGAUUUUGAAAAGGAACACAUCUUUGUCAAAACGAACGACGGACACAGAUUCCCUCCCGAAGAUUAUGCGCUUCACGAAGCUGUUUUUGUGGACUCGACCUCGACCGUGAAUCUCCUGGCCGGCGUUCCGCUCAGCGCUCUGGAAAUGCUACGUCAUGACGCAAAAAUGACUUUGGACAUAUUGGAUCACUCCAAUCUUUCAGAAGACCCCUUCGAUGCUGUAUUCAUGCGAGACAAGCGAGACGUAGCCACACGCUUUGACAUUGUUCUCCGAUUGAACUUAUCGUCCGCAAAACUUCGCGACCCUAAUACCCACGCUAGCGUCGAACACGGCUCUGCUUAUAACGCGCUACUCGAACAUCUCGUCUCCUGCCUCUACCGAGGACUCGGCAAUCGCACGAAGGCCAUUUCUGUUCUCCACCCUGCACCUCAAGCGCGCCCCGUGUCCCAAGCGCAUCCGUCCAAUCCGUCGACUAUCCAUGUCGGCCUACUUCUCGAUACUGAACACGCAUUUCGACUUGUGGAUCACGGCCCCACAGCCGAAGAACAGGACAGCGAAGCUGCCCAGGCUUUCCGCGAAUUCUGGGGCGAGAAAGCGGAGCUGCGACGAUUCAAGGACGGGAGCAUCGUGGAGAGUGUCGUCUGGUCGGUGAGCACCGCCGAUGAGCGCACACACAUCCCAGUCCACAUCGCCCGACAUGUCCUCGCGCGCCAUUGUGGGCUUAUUGGAGAUGCAGUGCGCACCUGGCAGACGCAAUUCGACAGCGUGGUACGCUUACCAGAAUCGAUCACUGGGAUAUACCGUACAACCGGUGCUCAAACAGGUUUCAAGGCUGCUAUGUCCGCGUUCGACGAGCUCGUGAGAGCAAUGAAGGGACUGGACGACCGUAUUCCGCUGGCAAUCCUGACCGUCAGCCCUAUCGCGGAGGCUCUGCGUUACACGAGCGUGCACAGUCCUGUUGCAGCACCCGGGCCAGUGAUUUUUGCCCUCCCGCAAUUCGCACGAUACGUGGAGCCGAUGGAAAUUGUGAUCGAGUUCGAGAAGUCGGCGCGCUGGCCGGAUGACCUUCGAGCAAUCCAAAAAAUUAAGCUUGCUUUCUUCGAGGCGCUCGCCUCCGCGCUCGCCACUUCGAUCAAAGGUCUCACUGCCUCUGUUGUUGUCGGACAUGGCGCGGAGAGCUCAGAUAUCGCCGAUCAAGCCUGUCUGGAGAUCGUCACGGCUGACGGCUGGGCAUUCCGCGCGCGGAUAUGGCACGAUCGCGAAGCGAUACUUCUAAGCAGGCUCAUCGAUGACAAGCCGCAUAUCGCACCCCAUAUGAAGCGUCAGAGAGAGGGCGACCCUCAAGAACGUCAAGCAGCGUUGUCAGCACAAGAAGUAUAUCAACGGCGAUUUGUUCAUGCACCACGCCAUCACCGUGCGAUAGCCGCCUUGUGCCAUAGUUUCUCGGCGUUUGCGGGGACAGUGAGGCUCGUGAAGCGGUGGUUCGCUGCGCAUUGGCUUCUCAGAGGUCACGUCAGCGUGGAGGCCGUUGAACUCUUAUGCGCGAGCGUGUUCUUACGAUCUGCACAAUCUACAGUAGAAGGCUUGGGCAGUCCGGGCUCGAAGGAACGUGGGUUCGCGUUAGUCGUUGAGCUUCUCAAGGACUGGGAGUGGAGCCAAGGCAUGUAUAUCCCAUUGUAUCAUGGCACCGAUGACGGCGGCGACAAGACACCAGCUGUGACGGUGACCGCCGGUGCGAAAACGGGAGUAUGGGCUCUCGCGACCGAAUUGGACUCGGGAGGACACGUGUGGACGUCGUCCGGCCCAGAUGCAAUUGUCGCGCGGCGCAUCCGUGCACUGGCUCAGGCGACGUGGGUCGCGUUGCAAGGCAUGGAGAGCGGGUCAUUCGAAGCAAUGACGUUAUUCUUACACCCACUGGAGCACUACGACUUCAUCAUCGAGCUGGAUCCAGCCGUACUACCGCGAUACGUCCAAAAUGUUCGUGCGGACCCCGCGAUUUGGGCGCAGAGGGCCAAGUAUGCAAACACACGCGCGGACGCGGAAGACGUGCGACUGUGUCCCGGAUUCGAUCCUGCACAAGCUUUCUUCGAUGAUCUCAAGCGGGUAUAUAAGGACACGUUCAUUUUGUUCUAUGAUCCUCUUGGUGGAGAUCGCUUCGGCGCCGUGUGGGAUCCCAGUCUCAAGGCGCCCCGUCCGUUCCGUGCACUUGGUGGGUUCUCUAGUGAGCCAAUACGUAAAGAGGGGAAAGCGAAGGACAAGGAUAAAGCGCUAGUGAAGCUGAACGAGAAUGCUAUUCUCAGUGAAAUUGAGCGGAUGGGCGCUGGACUGGUCAAGAAUAUCGUUAUUCGGGAGUAG